GGAAGAUUGGGUCGGAGUGGAAGAGACAACCCAGCAGUCUGCGCAGAUUAUUCUCUGCUGCUAGACAGUUGUUACAGUAAAUAUUUUAUAGCUGAACUAAUGAUUGAUAAGACAGAGGGGCAAAGAAUGCAGUGCAAGCCAGGAACCAUACCUCUUGGUGGUCUUAUAGAUAAUUGCUUAGAAUUGAUGCCUGCGCUAGUUUGAUAUUUAUCUCCAUGGAUAUGCCAUUCUGACCUUUUACUGACAGUAAUCUUUAUGGUUACAUUGUGUAAGCUUACUGGACACAUUUAAUCAUUAGCUGAGGCUUUGGUGCUUGCCGAGGCUAUUUAGGUCAGAGUUCUCAGCAUGGAAAAACAAAAGCAGGGAUACAAAGAUGGAGUGAGUCAGUUUUGUUCCCAUCAUCAUCUAAACACACCUCUUGAAAGAAGUACCUAAAACAGAGCUCUCUGCUUCCUCUCCAAGCCCCUCUCCCUGCUGCCCUCUUCCUGCCUUGUCCCUGUCUCCAUAUCCCUCCAGGUCAAACAAGCUCGGAGCGUCCAUCCCAAGAGACUGCCUCUUGCCUGCCUUAUGAUGGUGCUUUCUUCUCUACCCCUCUGACCGCACAGCCUCUGUGCCCUUCUGCUUCCAACCUACUGUGCUCAGGCUAUAAGAAUUUUCUUCCUAGAGCUGGGCUCUGACCAGGCCACUUCCCCGCACCCUGGUCAGAAAUCUUCCCUGUCCUCAGCCUGGCCCCCUCAUCCCCUCCCCUCCGUACAUACAUGGAGGCCCGAUUGCCUCCUCAGGUCCUGAGAACAGUCCAUAGCCAUCCUCCUUCCCCGCCUUGAAUCCUUUCUUCCCUUCCUGAUGGACUGUUCCCCCCUUUCCCUCUGACUAGCUGAACCCGCUUAUCCUGCAAAACCGAGCUGAAGUCCUCCCUCAUCUUUUAACAUGCGUCUUCUGACGUCCAAAUUCACGUUGGAACUCAUGGUUCUUUUAGGGUGGGCUCCACCACUCCUAGUGCACUCAGCCAGCCCCACCUCCCAGAACUGUAGUGCCAACUAGAUGCGAAAUCAUGUGUGCAAGUGUCCUCCAUGGCCUGGCACACAGUAGGUGCUCAACAAACAAAUGAUAAUGCCCCUACCCCAGCUUCCUUCUGUCUGGCAUCCCUUAUUUGGCAUUUAGGGCCUAUUGUCUUGUACUUGAUGUGAUUAAAUAUUUACUAUGUGGCAGAGUGUGUGGGGGAGGCAGAAAUGAACUCACUAUGGUCACUGCCCAGCAGAAGCUCCAUCUACUGGGACAAGAUAAGAUGGGUCAACAAAGAACUGUUAUAUAAGAGAGAGUGUGAGCUGGGCAAGAAGAAAAGCUUCCGCGGGAGGGGUUGCCUUGUGGAGAACCAGAGCUGAGCGCACAGCAGAUACCUCAGGAGCCCUCAGUUCCAACCAGCUUGCUGCCCUGCGCCCCCACUGCCCACCAUGCAGCCCCAGUCAGUCCUGCACAGCGGCUACUUUCACCCACUGCUUCGGACCUGGCAGACCGCCGCCACCACCCUUAAUGCCUCCAACCUCAUCUACCCCAUCUUUGUCACGCCCUGGGCUUGGCCAGGCAAGGGAACCAGACACUGGACCCCAUCCCCUUCUCACCUCCUCCACUUCCAUGUUCCUUCCCAGCUCCCCAACCAUGCCCCCCAGUCACCCCCUCACCACUGGCCCGUCCCACAGCUGCCAGUUCAUUUCUCACCCCCACUCUUGCAGGGAUGUUCCUGAGGACAUACAGCCUAUCGCCAGCCUCCCGGGAGUAGCCAGAUAUGGUGUCAACCGGCUCGAACAGAUGCUGAGGCCCCUGGUGGAAGAGGGUCUGCGCUGUGUCCUGGUCUUCGGCGUCCCCAGCAGAGUUCCCAAGGAUGAGUGGGGUUCUGCAGCUGACUCCGAGGACUCCCCAGCUAUUGAGGCGAUCCGUCUGUUGCGCAAGACCUUCCCCAGCCUCCUGGUGGCCUGUGAUGUCUGCCUGUGCCCCUACACCUCCCAUGGUCACUGCGGACUUCUGAGCGAGAGUGGGGCUUUCCAGGCCGAGGAGAGCCGCCGGCGGCUGGCCGAAGUGGCACUGGCCUAUGCCAAGGCAGGAUGUCAGGUGGUAGCCCCGUCGGACAUGAUGGACGGACGCGUGGAAGCCAUCAAGGAGGCUCUGAUGGCACAUGGAUUUGGCAACAGGGUGUCAGUGAUGAGCUAUAGCGCCAAGUUUGCUUCCUGUUUCUAUGGACCUUUCCGGGAUGCGGCUCAGUCAAGCCCAGCUUUUGGAGACCGCCGCUGCUACCAACUGCCGCCCGGAGCACGAGGGUUGGCCCUGCGAGCAGUGGACCGGGAUAUAAGGGAAGGAGCCGACAUGGUCAUGGUGAAGCCGGGGAUGCCCUACCUGGACAUUGUGCGGGAAGUGAAGGACAAGCACCCUGAGCUCCCUCUCGCUGUGUACCAUGUUUCUGGAGAAUUUGCAAUGCUGUGGCACGGAGCCCAGGCCGGGGCGUUUGAUCUCAAGGCUGCUGUGCUGGAGGCCAUGACCUCCUUCCGCAGAGCAGGUGCCGACAUCAUCAUUACCUACUACACACCUCAGCUAUUGCAGUGGCUGAAGGAGUGAUGGAGAGAGUGUGUAAGACCCAAGAACUGAAACUUUAAAAAGGUCCCGGGCCUUGGAGAAGUGAAAACCCAAGUAAAUGCUGCUUUGAGAACUUUGCCAUCAUACCCUCUUCCUGCUCACGUGCUGUCAGGUGCCUAGCAGUCCCGGGUGGUUUCGGCCAGCAUGCCAAAUCUUACCACUCACAGCCACAUCUUCAUGGGCCCCCUCAAGCUUCCCCACCCUCUCCUGGCUCAGCCCCAAAGCCACCGCUGCCAUUCCAGCUCCUUCCUCUGGUGUGGCUUCAGCUUGAAAACCUCCCGCAGUCAAGGGCGCAGGCUUGGUGGGGCCUGGGAGAGGGGCCUGAAGCAUUAGGGGAAGAGGAAGGCAGUUGGAUCAUGGAUCCACAGAAGCUCUGGAAAGCCCAAGGCCUCUGGCAGCAUUGCUGGGUGCUGGGACUGAGGCCUAGAUUGACAUCCACGGGUUAACAGUUGAGAUUUGCUGUAAUUCCACCUGGAAGGUGAUUCCCACACAGUCCAGGGGUCGACAGGCUGCCUCAGAUCUCUUGUUCUACUCUGAGCCAUAAACCCAGGAAAGAAUUACUCAUUAACGAGCAGAAACAUUGCCUGAGGAUCAAAAUUCAGAAGCAAAGAGAGAGUUCCUGACUGUUGGAGGUGCCGCCAUCAAAAAGGAUUUUUAUUAAAGAGGUAUUUUUUUGAGAACAUGUGCUGUGUGCCCAGGCACGGUGCUGGGUACUGAGCAUCUAGCAGGACAGACAGCUUGUCUCUCUGCAUCAAGCUAUACAAGAAUGAGGAAGACAAUAACAAGAAAACAGACAAAUACAGCAGUUACACGUUAUAAGUGCUUUGAAGGAAAGAAAGGGUCUGAGACAGAAGAAAGGGGGCCUCUCUUGAGGGGAUGGUUGAGAAAGCCUUCCCUGAGGUUAAGGGACAAGGAAGGACCCUUUCAGAGAGCAGAGGGAAGCGCGCCAGAAGCUUCGAGAACGACACGAAGUGUGCAGGAUCCUGUGAUGAGAGGAGCUCGGCAGCGCCUCUGGGAGCAGGAUGAAGAGGAAGGUGGGUGACAGGACUGGAGGUUGGAAAGGUAGAUCCUGCACCUUUUAAGAAGCUUGGAUUUUAUUUUGUAUUUGAUACAAAGCCACCUGAAGGAUCGUAACCAAUUUCGUGUGGUCCAGUUUCGCACACUCUGCUCCUAUGGGGAAAGUGGAAGGGCGAGAGAAAGAGCCUGCCUGGGAGGCUACUGCAGACCCCAGGGAGCAAUGGUGGCGGCUUUACCAUGAUGGUAGCAGUGGAGAGAGGAGGAAGCAAAUGUAUUCAGGGUACAUUUUGGCGACAGAAUUAGCAGAUUUUGCCAAUGCUUUAAAUCCAGAGGGGUUGAGGGUGAGGCAACGGAAGAAACAAGGAUGCCUUCAUGGGUUGCUGACUUGAGCAACUGAAUGAGUAGUUUCAAUUUUCUUCUGAGACUGACAGGAUAUAAUGUUUCCCCCUCAUGAAAGUUAAGGCCCAGCUAAGGAGGAGCCUGAGUACAAGUCCACCUGCCCAUCUGCAAAGUGACAGAAUCCCAACUCCAGCUCAAAAGCAAGUUCAAUUUGGACCAUAAAGCAAAACAACCCAUUUUAAAAUUGAGCAUUAUCAACUCCCGGAAGCUCCUGCCCUCAGACCAGUCUCCUCUGACUGGUGGUAGCCUUUCCCAGGGUUGUGGCCGACUUCACUAACAACCUGAUCUCAGCCUAUGGGAAAGUGGCCAGCCAAAAUCAGGGCUUGAAGAGUCACAGAGCUUCCAGGGAGCCUGAGCCUGAAUCUGCCUACCACCGAGGAACCCAGAGCACUCACUGGAGAUGAGCCACUCAUGGGCCUUGGGGCUUAGACCAGGCCAGAACUUGUGACAAUCUUAGCUUCUUGGCUUCCUGUCUCCUGGCCCCUGGCCUCAGCCCAUUUCUGGUUAAAAUGACUAGUGUGAAAGGGAAGGCUCUUCAAAGCCAUCCCAGACUCAUCACUGUCAAGCAAAUGCAGGGCCUGGCUCUGUUCUAGGCACAGAGAGACAGUAGACAGACACUGCCCUUUAGGUACGAACAGUCGGUCCACAGGGAGCAAACAACUGUGUGUAUCCAGGCCCGCACCCCAGGGGUAACAGUAAGUGGAAUGAGCCUCCCUGAGAACCAGGAAGCACAUGUAUCACCAGUGAUGUGGUGACAAGUACUGUGAAGGAGGUCACCAGGACCUGACCUAGUUUGAAGGAUUAGAAAAUGCUUCCCUGAGGGACUGACAUUUCAGCCUAGACCUGAAGGUGAAGGAAGUGCAACCAAGCUAGGACUGGGAAGAGCAUUCCAGGCAGAGGGAUUCCUGGGGCCUGAUGAGCUGGAAGGACACCAGCCUGGUAUAGCCGACACAGGAGAGGCUGGAGGAAGAGGCGGCCUGAACUGGGUGAAGAGCUGCCAGGGCCAAACCAUGCAGGGGCUCAAAAGCCACCUCACCCUUUUCAAACUUUAUUCAAAGAGGAAGGAAGGCAGUUGAAGCCAUGUAAGCAGGGGAAUGACUCACUCUGCUUUUCAUUUUAUAAAAGCAUUUUGACAGCACUGUCGCAAAGUACAGAUGAGACAUUUUCUGGCCUGGACUAGAGUAGUGAGUGGUGAUGGAGAGGAGAAUGGAUUUAGGAGGUAGAUUAGAUGUGAAGGAUGAACUUGGCUUGAGCUCCCGGGUGGCUGAUGGGCCAUUUACUGAGAUGAAGAAGCUUGGAAGAGGGUCAGGGUGGAGGGGAAAUCCUAAAUUUAGCUGGGGUUUGAAUGAGGAAGCUGUACCUAGAAAGCUUGUAUGUUUCACUCAAGGCCGCUCGAAAGUGUGUGACAGAGCUGGGUCUAGAACCCCAGUCACCAAAUACAGUAGAGCUGGGACUUGAAUCCAUAUAUCCAUACUCCAAGGCCUCUACCCUUAACCACUGUGCCAUACCACCUCCCAAUAAAUAGAAGCAAAAUUACGGAUCUAACAGGAUGCUAUCAUUAGCUGCAGUAGUGGGGCAUCAUGGUCUAUGUGAGUGGUGCCCUUGGGAGUUAGGACCUAUUGCCUGGGGUGCCUGCCUGGUGUCCCCUCUGUAUGUUUUGUCUGCAGAAGCAGUAAUGGCCGGGCAGGGAGCUGGAGGGGUUUGGGUGGUCCUGGGUGAAACUGGUUCCACCACAGUCCUGCCUCCUGCUGUGGACCCUGCUCUUGCUGGUAGGAAUUUUAUCCUUGGGCAGAGAACCCAGCUUUCACAAUCUCGUGGCAUAUUCUCAGGCUUCCAGGCACCACAGCUGAUAAGUGAGCAUUAAGAGGCCUCUCUUCGGAAGACAUUUUCCUGUUUCUCUCUCAGAUGUGCCAGAUUGGACCUGAGCUUGUCUGUUUCUGGUAGGACCUUCUUGAAGGUCACAACAAAUAACCAACACAUUCCACUAUCCUCACUCUUUGCUUUACUAAGAUCCCUAGAUCAGUGGCAUGUGGUUGAAGGUCCCAAAAAGCAACAGGCAUUUUAACCAGCCAGUUUACUACCAAUUUCCCAAGUCGAAAAGGAAGAAUUCUGACCUGCUCCCUACCCCACAUGGACUCUGCCAAUUUCCACAUAUUAGUGCCUGUGUCUUGCAGCACCCCAUAAUCUGUAUUGCACUGGGUAGUCUUGUUUACAUGUGACGGAAACUAAAUGCAAUAAGAAAUGAUUGGUUUUCAUAACUAGAUUGUAAUAAGGUCAGGUGUGGCUAGAUCUAGGGUCAAAGGCUCUCAUGGGGGCCUCUGUCCCUUCCUAGCUCUCUCUUUGCCUCAGCUUUAUUUUGCCACUUAACAACAUGAUCCUUAGAUGGUCCUUUAGACUUACAAUCCCAGAUCUUGAUCCCUCCUGUCCCAUCAUUUACAUAGCAAAUCUCUGGAGGUCUGAUUGGCCCUGCUCAGGUCACAUGCUGGCCUCUUCUGUAAACAAUGGCAUGGGAGAUGUGGCACUAUGAUUGACACGGUCUACCUCAUUACACAAGAGGCUGUUGUACCAGUGAUCCCCUUUGUCUAGAAAUGCUUUACCCCAAAAUUUGUAUGACCAUCUCCUUUUUAUUGUUAAGAUCUUGGCAUAAGUGUCGUUUCCUCACAGCAACCCCUCCUGAUACCCAAUUUAAAGUCAUUCCCCAGUCACUGUAUUACUCAGGAUUCAAGUUCAGUAGAUAAAACAAAAUAACGAUAGCUUAAUAUGGAAUAUUUCCGAGCGGUCCAGAGCUAUGUCAACUACGUGAUGUGAUGUGGGAAGUCUUGGCUCCUGCCUUGUUUUGUCAUCUUCAAAACAUCUCAGCUUCCAUCUCAUGAUGGAAGAUGGCAGGUCCAGUUCCCACCAUCAGGUCCAGCCAGCAGGAAGAAGGGCAAAUGGAGGGCGUGACCCUUCUUUACAACCCAAAAGUUGCACACAUCACUUCUGUGAACAUGCCCUUGUCUGAACUUGGCCAUAUGGCCACACCUAGUUGUGUAAGCAAGGCUGGAAAAUAAGAAUCUAGAGGGGCAACUAAAACUCAGGUUCAAUUAUUAAGGAAGAUGGAGAGAAUGGAUAUUGGGGCAAAUGACCCUUCCCAUCACAUGGAGUUUCUUGUAAUCACAGAACUGGUCAGAAUAACAACAUAAAGAGGUCCUUAGAGACAGGAGACAGACCCAGAGAGGGGACUCGUCCAAAUACACAAGCCAGAGGCAGACCAAUGCUGGGAUUCAGGCCCAACUCCAAACCCAGUGCUCAAAACUGGGAAAGGGAUUGCUUUUAGAGGGACUUGACCUUUUUAUGUAUUAUCUUAGCUUCAAAUUCAUUUUUAUAUUCAUGUAUGAUAUAUAUCAAGGAUAUAUCCAUGUGUUAUUUGUGUAAAUAAAAGUACAUGAAAAUGGAUAAUACA